AAUUUCUCCCGCGAUGAUUUUGGCACUUCUCUUGUUGCCUUGAUUUUGAAGUUUCCCCAGUCCAAGGGAAAUAAAAGCCAAAAAUUUAAAAUAAUGGAAAAUAAUUCAAUAAAGGUGACUCUUAAAGCUGAAAUACCUCAUCGAGAUCAACAAAUUGACAUACUGGUGGAUAUCCUUGAAACCAGCACUCUUCCACCUUUUUUGUACGUUUAUGGCCACACGUCUACGGGGAAAUCUUUGGUUGUUCAACAAGUUAUACAGUCGAUAGAGAAUAUUCAGUAUGCAGCAAUCCAAUGCAUUGAAUGCCUGAGUCCACGUUUUCUUUACGAAUCAAUACUGGAGCAGUUGGGAUGUGAAGACCGCUGUGACAGUGCCAAUGACUUUGCCAGGCAUCUUAAACAAAUAUAUGUUGGCAGACCAAUUUGUAUUGUGCUUGAUAAGGCAGAAAGAUUGAGAGACCUAAAUGAUGGAAUGCUAAUCCCUACGCUUACCAAAAUCCCAGAAUAUACUGGGCUCAAUAUUUGCAUCAUGUUCAUCUCUGAAAUUCCUUUUGAAAAGUUUCGUUGUGGCACAGGAAGCCUUGAUCCCAUCCACAUCUUUUUCCCACAGUACAGCAAAGAAGAAAUUCUUGAUCUACUGAUGAAGGAAUGCCCACAGCCUGAAAAUGCAUCUUUGUAUCAGACAUAUUUGUCCAUGAUAUUGGGUGUGUUCUUGGUUGCAUGUCGUGAUUAUUGCGAGCUUCGCUACAUAGCCUCACAACACUGGGAUUCCUUUAUGGAGCCGAUCAAUUCUGGAGAAAUUGACAGAACUCAGUCAGUGAAAUUAUGGCGUCACCUUGAACCGAAACUGCGCUCUAGUCUGAAUCAAGUCUACGUUCGUGGUCCCGAUACAUGCGGGACCCAGAUAGGCCUCAAAAUGGAGCUUCCUUUCUUUUCUAAAUUUCUCAUUAUUGCUGCAUAUUUAGCGAGUUACAAUCCUGCUCGCUACGAUCGUCGCUUGUUCGUCAAAGCCAAAGAAGGCAGGAAGAAUAAGGACAAAGGUCUCAAGUCACUGAAGAAACAAAAAUUGCAUAACGCCGCCCGGCUAAUGGGUCCCAAAGUCUUCCCGAUCGAUCGGUUGAUGGCCAUAUUCUAUUCGAUCGUCGAAGAAAGAGUUACGCCAUCUUUGAAUAUAUUUGUACAGAUUUCUACCUUGGUAUCUCUAAAGCUUCUAACGCACACGGGAUCAGCCGCCAUGUUUCAAGGAGUUCCAAAAUAUCGUUGCAAUGCCGGCUACGAUUUAGUCAGAAGUUUAGCCAGAACGGUGAAUUUUGAGCUUGGACGUUACCUCUACGACACGACUGUUUAAACUACUUUAUUUGGGGCUGUAUAUUAUUUUCCUCAUUGAUAAAAAGGUUUUCUACACUAUUUAUUCCACAUUCUUUAAGUUUUUCAACCGUGCGCCCUCAAUCGCCUCAAUGCAUUCUGCACCAAAUAAAUAAAAAUUGUAAAACAGU